AUGUGUUUUCUGACCAGGCAUCCAGCUAUUGGGGUGGUAUGUUCUGCUUUCAUAUUCAGCGUGCUCAUUGCUGAAGGACAGCCUGGGGAAGAGCGUGGGCAGGAUGGCAGCAAUCCUCUCAGCAGAGGCUCUCUGGUGGAAGUUUUACGCAUUCUCUCAGCUGAAAACACUGAGCUCCACAUGAACCACUCACGAGAACUGGUCAAAAUGUUACUGGAGAGAGCUGAGUGUCCACAGCGGAUUUAUGGCAUGCAAGAGGAUUGUAAUCUGUGCCUUGAACCAGAUGCUUUGUUAAUAAUAGCUGGAGGAGAUAUAGAAGACCAUCUCAGUGAAGAAGUAUUUGAGAGAAUUUCUCUUAUUCUUCUCUACUACAUUCUUCAUCGUAGAGAUAUGUGUUCUUCAGAAUUCAGCUUGAAUAAGGAUUAUAAAUUUUACCUACAGAGUAUGCUUAGUUUAAGACAUGAUGAAGACUGUUAUUAUUUUUCACGGAAUGAGACAGAAGAUAUUUUAGCUGCAGUAAGGCAACAUUUUAAAACUUCUGAAAACCAGUGUGUUGAUGUGAGCACUCUGGAGAAAAAUGCUGAUAUAAUGGACAGAGAUGGUGCUGAUGAAAACACUCUUCCACGCCUGGCUGCUUUAAUCCUUACUCUGGCUCUCCAAGGAGUCUGUAUGGGGAAAGCAAGUUUGCCUUCCCCAGAAUUCUUUAUAAAAUACAUUUUCAGUUCUCUAAAUAGUACCACUGAGCUCCAAGUGACAGAACUAGAACAACUACUAAAUGUGCUUACAGCCAAAAAGACCUGCACUGUAAAUGGACAAUUUCACAGUAACAAAAGAAGACGUUACAGUAUGGCAGUCAGAGAUAUUGGGAGAAGAAAUAAUCCAGUCAAAGGAAAUCAUAUAAAAGGAGACUAUUUGAAAGGCUAUUUUGAAGAUCAUGAAAGGAAUAUAGAUUGGGACCAGGUUUGUUUCUCUGCCAAUGAACUUGUGAAGAUAUUUUUGAAAAACAGUUCUUCCUCCAUUUCGAAGGACCACUUCAAGCAAAUCAGUCCAGCUAUCAUUCAACAAAUUUUAAGUUGUUCAUGUCAGCUUCCUGACUUCCAACAGACAAAGCUUCCACCAACAACUGUGGAAAAGUAUGGUUACAGCACUGUUGCUGUUUUACUUAUUACUAUUGGAUCUAUGUUUGGUACAACUCUCAUUUUAUUUAACUCCUGUCAAGAAACCUAUACACUCAUUUUACAGCUGUUUGUCGGCUUGGCUGUUGGAACCCUUUCUGGAGAUGCAUUGCUACAUCUUAUUCCUCAGACUCUUGGUUUGCAUAAACAUGAAGCACAAGACAUAGAGCAUUUCUAUGAGGGAAAAGAAUAUAUUUGGAAACUUUUGGGCAUAAUUGGAGGAAUUCAUGGAUUUUUUCUCAUAGAAAAGUGUUUCUUUCUUUUGGUAACACCUCGUGACCAGCAGGGCCUUUCUUUAGUUAAUGGGCACUGGGGACAUUCCCAUGAUCUUCCAGUGGAGUCUGAAUUAAAUGAACAUUCAGGCAGAGGCAAAUCUACUUCAACCAUACAGUUGAGAAGCCCAGAAGAUUCUGAACCUGCUGAAGUUCCUCCAGAGAGCAAGGUGAUCGGCAAAAAAAGUAAAAAAAUCAGCUUGUUGGCAAUAAUGGUUCUGGUGGGUGACAGUCUUCACAAUUUUGCUGAUGGCUUGGUAAUAGGAGCAGCAUUCUCAUCCUCAACAGAAACAGGGGUGACAACGACUGUUGCUAUUUUAUGCCAUGAAAUUCCUCAUGAAAUGGGAGAUUUUGCUGUGCUGCUAAGUACAGGGCUCCCCACGAAGAUUGCAAUUUUGAUGAAUUUUAUGAGUGCACUAACAGCAUUCUUAGGACUUUAUAUUGGCCUUUCUCUAUCGACUGACCCAUCCAUUCAAAACUGGAUCUUUACUAUUACAGCUGGAAUGUUCUUGUAUUUGUCUUUAGCAGAAAUGCUUCCUGAAAUGACUCACAUUCAGACACGGCGACCCUGGUUGAUGUUUCUCCUACAGAACCUUGGAUUACUAUUAGGCUGGCUUUGCCUCUUACUUUUGGCUGUAUUUGAACAGAAAAUUAAAAUAUAA